UUGAAACCCUGGAAGUCCCUGUUACUGGUCCAUGAACUCUCCAUAUCCAGCUGCUGCACCUCAGCCUCUCAGAGUUCUGAAUCUACUUUGAUUUGGUGGAGUACCUGAAAGUGUUUCUUGUCCAAAGCUACCAUGAAAGCAAUCAUAUCCUUCAUUCUCUUCACCAUUUUGACUCAGUGUUCCAGAGGCCAGUACCACUACCAGGGCCUGAUGAACUACCUUGAAAAUCGGAUGAUUGCUAUGGAGGAACGUAUUGCCCUGUGGCAUGAACAAAACAACCGCUACAAUGCAGACCUGAGUGAAUUUAGGCAGCAAUCCACAGAUCUGUUAGAGAAGCUGGCCAAGGAAUACAAUACAAUACGAUUGGACAUGGAGGGAGCAGGAGCACGGGUGGACCGAGUGGAACGAGAAAUGGACUACAUCGAAACCAAGAAUCCUCCUAAGCCUUGCGUUAAAGCAGCAGACAAAAUGGUAGAACAGGACGUGGUUGUCAAAGAGAGGAACAAGGACGAGUUUUUUGAGGUUUCUGUGUGUGUUGACCUUGUAUCCAGUAUUCGAGCGAUGAAGAUUCUUAAAAGGCUCGGGAGUCCCAAAGGUGUGUGGACCAAAGAUGCCAGGUCAGCAAAAGUCUAUGUCUUCAACAGCACGUCUGAUAACACCCUAUAUGAAUUUAACUCAGUGCGAGAGCUCUCAGCAUCAUCAGAAAUGUCUAAAAGCAGGCAAAUCACCCUGCCGUCUUCUUGGAACGGGACUGGGCAUGCAGUAUUCGAUGGCUUUCUCUACUAUAUCAGCGAAAGCUCAGAGCUUCGAGUUAUUAAAUAUGACCUUAAAAAUGGUACGGUUGCAGACAGCGCAGUUUUCCCCCUUGAAGAUAACAGCCCGGUGUACAACCUUAAUCCAGAGACUCUGGUGGACCUAAUAGCAGAUGAGGAUGGGCUGUGGGCCCUGUAUUCUUCUGGGGAUACCAUUAAUUUAGCUAAGAUGGACUCCAACUCUCUGGAUAUAGAGCAGAUGUGGGACACGGCUUGCCCGAGAAGCAACGCCGAAUCGGCUUUUAUUGUCUGCGGCACAGUCUAUGUGGUUUAUAACACCAAGCCACCGAGUCGCUCACGUGUGCAGUGUGUAUUUGAUGUGAAUGAUAUGGUAAGCAGCGGCGAAGCCCCUCUGGUUUAUUUCCCCAGGCGUUACGGAGCUAGUUCCAGCCUAAAAUACAACCCGGAGGAGCGACAGCUUUAUGCCUGGGAUGAUGGGUACCAAAUCAUUUAUAAGUUAGCGCUGAAAAAGAAGCUGUGGGCAAUAAUGCCACCUCCGGAAGAAUAGAAAGUGUGCUUUUGGAGCCCAUAAAGGGCUUUACAACUUUGGCUAUAAAAAAGUUGUUUUCUUCAACUUCAUUGGUACACAGAGGUUUUGCUACAGUUGCACAAUUUAUUAAAAUGUAUAUAUGAGACAAUAUGCAGUUUUCUGAUAAAGGAUGGUUGACUCAGUGAUAGUUGGAAAUGGGAAUUCACAAAAGCGAAUCGAUCCUUGAAAUGACUGAACCAAUGUUUAUUUUGGCAUUUUUGAAAUACAAGAACCUCUUUAAACAUUACAAUUUAUAUUGCAAGUACAAAUGAUCAAUACAAAAUUAGAAAGUUGUUCGAUUCACAAGGGAGAAGAAACAGGUUGUUAAAACACAGCACACAAGAUUUAGCGAUGAGGUAAAUAACCAGUUUAUAUUUCUAAACCUUAUUGUAUAUUAUUCACUUACAGAAACACACUCUAUAUUAUUUGAGGAUUACAACAUAUUAAUAUUGUAUAAACAGGUAAGACCAAAAAAAACGUUGUAUUUUGUCACAACCAUUUUCUCAACAAGUUAACUGGUAUUUUCAAAGAUUCCGUUAAAAUAUUAAAUCUAUUUUACUAUAUAGAAAUAUUUAAAACUUAACAAUUAUCCUGUGAGAUGGAGGACAUAAUCUAAAACUAGCCCCGAGUGCCAUAUAUGUUUCAAGAUAUUUCAACACCUCAGCUGGAUAUGAGUGAAAAGUCAUUGUUCUGAAAUCUUGAGCUAUAUACCCAAGCAGCAGGACUGCUGCCUCAGUUAACAAUAAACUUCCUGCAUAGAAGAUUCACUUUA